AUGGAGACCACACGCUACCCCGAUUCCAAUUCUUACAACCCGUUCGUCUGGUAUGAUGUACCAGGUGCCGGCACGCAGAACACUCCCGACUGGGUGUACUUCGUCGAGCAAGGCCUAUACAUCUUCGAUAGUAUCGUCGUCGUCUACGGUGAUCGUUUUACCGAGAUAGACAUCGCGAUCUUGAAGAAUUGCGACCGCUGGCGGAUCCCGGCGUACGUUGUACGCUCCAAGGCGGGUCAGAAUAUCCAGAAUGUCAUGAACGAAUUGGUGGAGUCCGAGUCAGACGACGAGGACGAGGACACAAUCAAGGAUACGCGCAAAGACGUCCACGACAACCUCGAGCAAGCGGGACUGCCGCAGCAGCGCGUGUACAUCGUUGAUCAAGACAUCCUGGUCCCCGUCGUAAAUGGAAAGACGCAUCCGGACACCAUCGACGAAGCAGAUUUGUAUAGGGACCUGCUUGCCGAAGCGAGCCGCAGGCGGAUCGUUGCAGACUGAUUUACCGGGGGUGUGUACUCUUGCUGGAUGACUCGCAUAUCUAUCCUGAAUACCUCGACAUAGACGAGUCAUCAGUGCUGUGUACGUACUGAAGUAUGUUGGGGAACAAUGUACUUCCUUUUUCCGUGUACCUUCGUGGUUGCCCGUUCACACGGGAAGGCUCAUGUCGCCGACCUCCGCCCUCACACCGUAGGAUAGAUCCGAUGCUCAAGUCACAGAGGGCCGUAUUGGGAUAUCACCGUAGAAAGAAGUUUUCUUUCGACCGUAGUCGCC